CACCUCCUCACUAGUCAGUUCGUCGCACAAAAGUUUGAGAGCCGCACAUCUCAAUUAAUUAUUUAAAUCGAAACUAAAAAAAAAUCGUACGGUUUUUCAGCACACAUUCCAGUUAUAAAAGCGACCAAGUAGCUGUUAAGCAGUGACGAGAUGAAGCUUCUAGUGGUUAUUUGUGUCUUCGUAGUGGCAGCAAACGCCAUAAAACUGCCAUCCAAUUUCAAAACAUGCAACCGAAAACAGGCGAAUUUCCGCGGUUGUUUGCUCGAAGCCGCGCGAUUUGGGGUCACGCAAUUAAAUAGACCCUACAAAGAACUCAAAAUGAUAAGUCUUGACCCUUUAGUGAUUCCCAAAAUUGAGGCCAGCGUUGACGCACAAUUGCUAAAUAUUAGUUCGGAGUUAACGGACUGUAAAUUUUUCAACAUUUUGCAGCUGGACAUUCAAAAAUUUGAUGUGGAUUUUGAAGCUAAAACCAUCCAACUGUCGGCUUCUUGGCUAGAACUGAAAAGUGAGUGCUUUUACAAAAUGUCUGGACAAAUUCUCAAACACGACAUCAAUGAAGGAACUGGAAUUAUUAAAACGACUUUCAAAAAUUUUAAGUGGACGUUCGAUUUAGCGUUCGAAGAGGUGAAAAAGCGCAAUAAAACGUACGUCAAGGCUGUGACGGGUCGAUUCGAUGGAAAACCGGAAUUUCUUAGUAUGCAGUUCGACAGUCCUGAGAAGGGUGACCAGGAGUUAAUCGAUCGUGUGACCAAGGCUAUCAAUGAUAACUGGAAUGACCUUUUUGAUGACGUGAAGGGUCUUUAUUUUGAGAGGGUGACGCAGACGUGGUUCCAGAUUAUGAACGGGUGGUUUUCGAGGUUAUCGCUGGAGGAAGCUUUCGAUAAUUGAGGAUGUGUGUUUAAAAAAAAAAAUUAAAUAUGUGUUGUAGAAAAUUCCUGUGUUUGUUCUGAAAAUAUAUUGUAACAAGGAA